GCCCCCAGACCUCGCGCGACCUCUGCGGCAGCAGGGACUGGUCCGAAGCUUCUCCGGGGCCCCCGUCCACCUCACCCCAUCGCCUCCUUCCUACUUUCCCCCCACUUCUUCGCCCGGCUAAACUUUCCCUCUUGUUCCCUGUCGCCGAUACGGCGGCGGCGGCGGCGCAGCAAAGCGAGAGGCGCCUCCGAUCCUUUGCAAUUCUCUCCGAAGUUAGAUAAAGCCCUGAUCCUAUCACUCAUUAAGCAGGAGGCGCGUCGGCCGAUAGAUAGAUAGAUAGACCCACGCAGGAAAUACAAGACACUCAGACUCACGCACACACAGAGGCUUCUUCCACCAAGGGCGACGAAGCGCCGGAGCCCAGUUUCCCCUUGAUCGGUCGUGGGGUAGGGUGGGGGGCGGCCAUGGCCUCUAUCUCGGCGCCGGCUGCCUGGAUUCCCCGGUGAGGCUCGCUUUACGGUCGCUUCUUACGAGCGGCCAGCUCUGACUUCGCCUCUUCGGCCGCUUUCUCCGGGACCGGUCCCUUCUGCCAAGCGGAGGAAGGAGGGAGAUCGAGGCAUUGGUCUAAGCCGGAGCUGCUGCGAAGCCCCGGUGCAGGAGAAGAAGCAGAAGAAGAAGAAGAAGGGAGGAAGAGAAGGAGGAGGAGAAGAAGAAGGAAAAGAAGGAGGAGGAGGAGGAGGAGGAGAAGAAGACGCGGCGCCGGUGGGACUGUGUUGAAUGAGUUUCUCCAUGAGAGAACCCGUGAUCCCUGGGACCACCAUGGCUUACCACCCUUUCCUACCUCACCGGGCGCCGGACUUCCCCAUGAGCGCCGUUUUGGGCCACCAACCUCAUUUUUUCCCUGCUUUGGCCUUGCCACCCAACGGAGCUGCCGCGCUUUCCUUGCCCGGCGCUUUGACCAAACCGAUCAUGGAUCAACUCAUUGGAGCGGCGGAUUCCGGCCUCCCUUUUUCCGCUUUGGGCCACCAAGCUGCGGCUCAUUUGCGGCCUUUGAAAACCCUGGAGCCGGAAGAAGAGGUGGAAGACGACCCCAAAGUCCACCUGGAAGCCAAGGAACUUUGGGAACAAUUUCACAAACGGGGUACCGAGAUGGUGAUCACCAAAUCGGGAAGGAGAAUGUUCCCACCUUUUAAAGUGAGGUGUACGGGUCUAGAUAAAAAGGCAAAAUACAUUUUAUUGAUGGACAUUGUAGCCGCGGAUGACUGUAGAUAUAAAUUCCAUAAUUCGAGGUGGAUGGUGGCUGGGAAAGCCGAUCCCGAAAUGCCGAAGAGAAUGUAUAUCCAUCCGGAUAGCCCAGCCACGGGUGAACAGUGGAUGUCAAAAGUUGUCACCUUCCACAAACUGAAACUGACCAACAACAUCUCGGACAAACAUGGAUUUACCAUCUUAAACUCUAUGCAUAAAUACCAGCCUCGGUUCCACAUCGUCCGAGCCAACGAUAUCCUGAAGCUACCUUACAGCACAUUCCGGACUUAUGUCUUUCCGGAAACGGAAUUCAUUGCUGUCACAGCCUAUCAGAACGAUAAGAUCACCCAGUUAAAAAUCGACAAUAACCCUUUUGCCAAAGGCUUCCGAGACACAGGGAAUGGAAGGCGAGAAAAGAGAAAGCAGCUGACUCUUCAAUCCAUGAGAGUUUACGAUGAGAGGCAGAAAAAAGAGACUUCGGAUGAAUCUUCCAGCGAGCAAACGGCCUUUAAAUGUUUUGCUCAGUCGACAUCUCCGGCUGUGUCUGCCGUGGGUACCUCUAAUCUUAAAGACCUGUGUCCCAGCGAUGGCGAAAGCGACUCGGAGAGCAAAGAGGACCCCAUGGAAGCCAACGAAGUCGGGAAGAUCUCGACCACCACGGCCAACCUCGCCCCCCACAGCAGCUCCUCCUUGGGAGGAGGAGAUGAUGGGACAAACCUUCGAGAAGGGGGGAAGAACAGCCCUUCCAAAGCUCCCCUUUUCCCACCGGACUCGGCCAGCAGCAGCCGAGAGAGCCUCUCGAAAGUGCCUCCAGAUUCCCAGCAUAGUCCAGCCACCAUUUCUUCUAGCACCCGGAAUUUGGGCGGUGGAGGAGGAGAAGAACAACAACGCAAGAACCAGGAGGAAUGCAGGCUCCUGAACAAAGAACCCUUCGCGUCUUUAACCGUUCAGACGGACAAUCCCGGGCACCUGGCUCAAAAUCACCUUUCCAACCUCACGUUUCCCCAUGGCCUGGCCAGCCAACAGUUCUUCAACCCUCUGAGCAAUGGGCAUCCUUUUCUCCUCCAUCCUAGCCAGUUUGCCAUGGGUGGAGCUUUCUCGGGCAUGGCUGGCAUGGGGCCUCUGUUGGCCACAGUCUCCGGGGCGACGUCAGCAGGAGUUACCGGUCUAGACAAUACGGCGAUGGCCACAGCAGCUGCCCAGGGAUUAAGUGGGGUUUCGGCGGCAGCAGCUGCAGCUGCCUUACCGUUCCAUUUUCAACAGCACAUCCUGGCUUCACAGAGCCUGGCGAUGUCUCCCUUCGGCAGCCUCUUCCCCUACCCUUACACCUACAUGGCGGCGGCGGCGGCAGCCUCGACGGCCGCCCCGAUGCACCGACACCCGCCUUUCCUGAACGCCGCCGUGCGCCCUCGCCUGCGUUACAGCCCUUACUCCCUCUCGGUGCCUCUGCCGGACAGCAGCAGCGGAGGCGGAGGCGGCGGCAGUAGCUUGCUCACCACCGCUCUGCCGCCUUCGCUGGUUGGUGGCACGGAAGGCAAAGGCAGAGCUUUAGCGCCCAGCCCCAGCUUGGGAGCCUUGGAUUCCUCCGGUUCCGAGCUGAACAGCCGCUCUUCAACGCUCUCGUCCUCCGGCUCGGAUAAGGAAGCCACCAGCGAGCUGCAAAACAUCCAGCGCUUAGUGAGUGGACUCGAGUCGAAGCAGGACAGAGCCAGGAGUGGGUCGCCCUAGUGGGGAGGGGGGAGACCAUCCUCCCCCUCCCACCCCCUACAGUAUGGGGGAGGGGCACCUCCAGCUUCUCCCCCCUCCCCCCCUCCACGCCUUGUGGGCCCAUCCAGCCUCUCCAAACUUGGCCAGCGGGGAUUUUGUGUGUGGGGCUGGGGUCCCGCUGGGGAUGGAAGGAAGGAAGGAGGGCCCAGGAGCUGAUGGACGGACGGACGGGCGGGGUGGGGGUGGGGCGCUGCUGGAAGCUGCUAUGAACCACUGUUUUGUCCACUGGAGGCAGGUGUGAAUUCUGGGGUCCUCUCCCCUUCCAUCCCCCUUUUCUUCGGGUUUUUGUUUUGUUGGGGUUUAUUUUUUGGGGGGGUUCCUGCCUCCCCUUAAAGAUCAAAACAGAGAUGGGCAGAGAAAAUGGGGGACCUCUUUUUUGUGGGGGGGGGUUCCCCAAUGGAGAAUUUGUUUGUUUUGGGGUUGUUUUUUUCCCCGCGUAGAAGUUCCUUCGAAAAUCAAGCCGAAAAGGGGGGGGGAGCAGGGAAGGAGAAAAAAGCGAAGCCUUUUAAUAUUUUUUUGGGGGGGGGGGGCGCAAGGCGGGUGUCUGCGGCUAUAGUUUGUUUAUUUUUGCAUGGUUCGUUCCAAAACUCUUAAUUUUGUGAAAGCCCCCCCCCCCUCCACGUUCCAUAAACGCUUGCUUAAGGUCCCCAGAGCAUUAAAUAUGUAUGUAUGUGUGUGUGUGUAGAUAUGUGUGUAGAUAUGUACAUACAUAUGUACAUACAUACGUGUGUGUGUGUAUUGAAUAUAUAUAUAUAUAUAUUGAAUAUUGUAUGUAUGUAUGUAUGUAUGUAUUUCUCUUUAGCCAGGUUCUUCCCACGUAAACCAAGAUUUUUAUGCAGCCCUAAUUCAGUGAAAUCACAAUCCACUAGUUCCUAGGUUUUUUUUUUUUUUUCUGGCAGCCAGCAAACACUCUGCUGCCCAUUGUUGGCUGCUGGAAAAAAAGCCUAGAAACUAGUGGAUUGUGAUUUCACUGAACUAGGGCUGCAUAAAAAUCUUGGUUAAGUAGGAAGAACCUGGCUAAAGAGAAGUACACAUAAACGCCUACGAAAAGAAAAGAAUAUAUAUGUGUGUGUGUGUGUACAUGUGUGUGUGUCUACACACAUACAUUUAUAUGUGUAUGCAUGUGUGUGUAUGUAUAUAUGUAUUCUGAUAUAAAUAAAUAUAUAUAUAUAUAUAUAUAUAUACACACACAUACAUAUAUACAUAUAUAUGUAUACAUAUUUCUUUACAUUUUUGGGUUUCUUUUUCCGAUAGGAGCAAUUAAAAAAAUAUAGUUAGAAGGGGGAGCAUUAUAAUUUUGCUGGUUUGUUUUAAGAUGACCCUCCCCCCUCCUUUUUUUUUAUUUUUAUUUUUCAUACAUUUUCCCCCCUUCCUUUUACUGUAUAUGCAAUAAGAAGGUUUAUCAGCGUAAUAAAGGAGAAGGAAAAAAAGGAAAACAGUGGACACUAUUGAUAAAAAAAAGUAUUUAUGUAAUUAAUGGAUGACUUGUAAAUAACCUGGCCUAUGAAUACUCGAAAUUAAAAAUUUAAUUUAUUGAUAUUGUAUAUAUGUCUGUAAAUAUAGACCGCAGCUGUCUUUCUGGUUUGGUUUGGUUUUUAAACUCAUUUUCAUUUCAAAGUCAGGUUCCGUUGUGAAGAGUUACAGCUUCAAAAAAAAAAAAAAAAAAAACAGGAGGGGAGAGGAAGCAAAAAUCUAUCAGGGGAAGAUCAUGUUUACAUUUCCGAUGUUUCGGGUUGUUGUUUUUUUUGUUUUUUUUUGUUUGUUUUACUGUGCCAUUAUAAAGAGAAAAGGGGUCGUUUUGUUGAUUUUGAGGGAGGGGAGGUGUACGCAUGCAAAAAGCAGAACAAAUAGGGUUGAAAAAAGACUUGUACAAUCGCUGGACAUCGCUGGAUGCUCCCUGAUUCUACCCCGGGUAGAAAUGAUUAAAUAAAUAUGUAAAUUAAAUACCGA